AUGGAAGCGAAGGAACAGGAUGUGUCCUUGGGAGCCAACAAGUUUCCAGAGAGACAGCCACUUGGAAUUGCAGCUCAGAGCCAAGACGAGCCAAAAGACUACCAGGAACCACCACCGGCGCCACUUUUUGAGCCCUCGGAGCUGACUUCAUGGUCUUUCUACAGAGCCGGCAUAGCCGAGUUCAUAGCCACUUUCCUUUUCCUUUAUAUAACCGUUUUAACCGUUAUGGGCGUUGUUCGAGAAAGUUCCAAGUGCAAAACAGUUGGUAUUCAAGGAAUCGCUUGGGCUUUUGGUGGCAUGAUCUUCGCUCUCGUUUACUGCACCGCUGGAAUCUCAGGGGGUCAUAUAAAUCCGGCUGUGACGUUUGGGCUAUUUUUGGCGAGGAAAUUGUCGUUGACAAGAGCAAUAUUCUACAUGGUGAUGCAAGUGUUGGGUGCUAUAUGUGGUGCUGGUGUGGUGAAAGGUUUUGAGGGUAAACAAAGGUUUGGAGAUCUGAACGGUGGUGCCAACUUUGUUUCUCCUGGUUACACCAAAGGUGAUGGACUUGGUGCUGAAAUCGUUGGCACUUUUAUUCUUGUGUACACAGUUUUCUCAGCCACUGAUGCUAAACGUAGCGCCAGAGACUCUCAUGUUCCUAUUUUGGCUCCGUUGCCAAUUGGAUUCGCUGUGUUCUUGGUGCAUUUGGCAACUAUUCCAAUUACUGGAACUGGUAUUAACCCAGCUAGGAGUCUUGGUGCUGCUAUUGUCUUCAACAAGAAAAUUGGUUGGAAUGAUCACUGGAUCUUUUGGGUUGGACCAUUUAUUGGAGCAGCUCUUGCAGCACUAUACCAUCAAGUUGUAAUCAGAGCCAUUCCCUUCAAGUCUAAGUGA